AUUAUGUACGUUUGAUGUUUCCUGUCAACCAUAAACCCUAAACUCCUGCCCCCUUAAUAAUUAAAGCAAAAAUGAACCCGAAAGAUGAUAUUCGCUUGGCUUUUGUGGCCGAAUGGUAUCAGGUGGAGGCGGCUAUAAUACGCACAUUCGUCAUAUCCUUCCAUGUGCGGGACAAUGCUGUGGAGGUGUUCGAUCAGCGCACCAAAAAAAUAUUUUUGCGUCGUACGAAAGUUCCGGAGCUGUCGCAACGCGACUUCUUCGUGGGAUCCAAGAUCAAUGUAUUUGGACGCCAGUUCGAUAUUAUUGACUAUGCAGAUGAUAUGACCCGCGUCACCCUGGCCAAAUAUCGCAAAAAGGGCUUUGUCCUGCUGAAGCACAGCAUGUGGGCCAAACAUCUAGGUGGAUUUCUGAUGACGCUUAACGAGAAUAAGAUCAACAUUAAUAACGGCAAUAUGGUUCAGUUUACGCCCAAGACGGUGACACAGUUUUUGGCCGGCAAACAACAGGAAGAUGUGCAUGCUAGCGUUUUAAUGAACGAAUUGCUCGCCGGACCAUCCAUCGCCCUGGAACUGAUUGGCAACAAUGUGGUGGACGUUAUGGCUGCGUGCCAGAAGGGCAGCAGUGAUAAGGUGAAGCUAUCUCCCAGCAUGGAGGCUUUCUUCGAGCGCGAAGAAAUGCGGCUGGGCUUCUAUUGUCCUGCGACCGAGAAGGGUGUGGACAAGGACUUGAGCUAUUUCUUCGAAGAGAAGCACAAUAUCAUCAAGGAUUGUCUGUUCAAGAACAGCACGCUGGCUAUCAUAAAGCCGCACAGCAUUAAGGACGGUCUCCUGGGCACCAUAGUCAACGAAAUACUUUCGAAUGGCUUUCAACUCAACGCAAUGCGCAUGAUUCUCAUGCCGCGUGUCAAUUGCGAGGAGUUCUAUGAGGUUUAUCGGGGCGUGCUGCCCGAGUAUAUACCCAUGGUAACCCAAUUGGCCAGUGGCGUGUGCAUGUGCCUUGAGAUUACGUGCGAGGAUGACAGUAAACGAGCCCAUGCAGAAUUUCGCUCUUUCUGCGGGCCCAUGGAUCCGGAAAUUGCCAAACUGCUGCGUCCGCACACUCUUCGUGCUAAAUUCGGCAAAACAAAGGUUCUGAAUGCCGUCCAUUGCACUGACUUGCCCGACGAUACCAAUCUUGAGCUGCAAUAUAUGUUCAAGAUAGUCGAUUGAAUCAGCUUGCGUUAGAUUUGCAGUUUCACACUACAAUGUUUUAUUUAUUAGGUUCCAGUUAACGUGCAGUGCGUGUGUGCGUGUGUAAAUGUAAAUAAAUUAAAAGUAAUUAGGCGAUAUACAAA